AUGGUAAUGGAUGGGUUAUUAUUUACUGUUGGCACGUCUGGCGCUGUAGCAGAAUUAGUAUUAGAUCCUCAAUUAAAGUACUGGGUAUUAUUACCAAUCUCUAUAGUUAUGGUUUUAGUUGGUAUUUUACGUACUUAUAUCAUGACUUUAAUCGGUCCAAAAGUUCAAGGUCAACCAAGAGUUAAAAUAACUGAAAAUAAUUAUAUCAGUAAGGCACAAGGUUUAUUAGGUAAUGGUAGUAAUUUACACAGUGAAUCAUUUGAAAUUAGACAAAUGUAUUUGUCCCAAGUUCUAGGUGAAGGUAAAUAUGUUGCUGUUAGUAAUAAAAAACCUGGUGAAGUAGCCAACCCAUUUACUGAUCCAAAUGCUUCAGAAUCAAUGAUGAAUAUGGCCAAGGGAAAUAUGGCAAAUUUUAUCCCACAAACCAUAAUCAUGUGGUGGGUUAACCAUUUUUUUGCAGGCUUUGUUUUGAUGAAAUUGCCAUUCCCAUUAACAAUUAGAUUCAAAGAUAUGUUACAAGCUGGUAUUAGCACUGCUGAUUUAGAUGUCAGAUGGGUUAGUAGUAUUUCAUGGUAUUUCAUUUCAGUAUUAGGUUUAAAUCCAUUAUACAAUUUAAUUCUUGGUGAUUCUGUUGAUAUGAGUAGUAUGAUGGAUACAGCUGCUCAAAAUCCAAUGGGUGGUAUGAUGGGCCCUGGUCAACCACAACCAGAAGCAGUCAUGAAGGGAUUAUCCAAUGAUUUAAUCAUGACUCGUCAUGAAAGUUGUUUCGAACACAUUGAAGAAAGAAUUUUAAAGAAGUAUGGUAGAAAAUAA